AUGGUUUUAAAAAGAAAUUUAGAACAAGACUUAACAGUCUUGGAAACUAGAAUUAAGGAAUUAGAACAAAAAAAAAAGAUUAAAGAGCGAGUAGAAGAAACCAAAACCAAGCAAGCAACUAUUAAUAAAUUAGAAGAAAGGAUUAAAGAGCGAGAUGAAGAAGCCAAUAUCAAACAAGAACUAUUAAUAAAUUAG